CCUCAUCUAUCGAAUUCCCAGCGCCUCGAAGGAUACAGAUGAAGUGCGUACUGGCGAAUUACACCCUGAGCCGAAGAUCAUGAUCGUCGAGCCUGAGCAAGGUGAGCUUGCCGAGUUGCGAGCGGCCUAUGGCUCGCUGCAGGGCGUCGGUGGCUAUGCGCGCAGCCCGGUCGCAAGAGCCUUUACGUCCGAGCUCACCGCAUGGACAGAAGCUGCCAUACGAAGCGACGGAGACGUGGCUGCGCUGAAACUUCGUGAUCUGCGACGGCGAAGCAUGUUGGGUCUUGCGCUUCACACUCCUCCAGAUCUGCGCGCAGACGAUCUUGUGGAUGACACCUUGGCGGCUAUCACUGACGAUGAUCGGGUGGCGAGAGAUAGUAGGGAGGGAACGAGCGUGGAUUGCUUUCGCUUUUUCUUGCUCUGCUAUCUCGACGCCAAAGCACCGGCACGGACUGCCGUGCGAAGCAAGCUGCUGGCUGGUUUGCGCGAGGCCUUCUUGGGUGAGAGAGUGAUGACUGUGGAUAGGGCGCUGUGGCUAGUCCAAUGGCUAUCGGACCAACAGAGUUUCACGCCGAGCGACACACAGCUGGCGCACGACAUCCGGGCAUCUGCUUUCCGGUCCCAUCUAGCCAAAGUGGCCACGCUGCUCUCAGCUCCAGGUAUCGCGAAUGCUUCUGUUCACAGUGCGCGCUCCAAACACGUUUCCCAGUUUAACAAUGACCCUGAUUCCUAUCCCCUCUUUUGCUAUCUACCUUGCAGCAGCACUGAUCGAGCGAAUGAUAGCUGCGGCGUCGAUUUGCGGCGUCGACUCGACCACCAGCGCCGCGAUACGCGCAUUGCGCAGAGGAUGGGUGCUGCCGAAGCCGAAGCCGAUGAGAACGAUUGCCUCGAACGGGCAGCUGAUACUAGCGGGCGACGGCAUCGACCUGGGGGGGCAAUGCCCGGCAUGCAUGCAAGCUGUCUUCAUCCCGAUCUCCGUUACCGGCGUCGUGAGCGAAGGUGUCUGUGUCCAGGGCCAUCGUUGGCGUGAGUUGGCACCACCAUCGCUGCGUCGUCACGUUGCGGUUGCUGGCGAGCAUGCAUGCGCGUCAGUGUGGUACUUGCUUGAGCCGCAGCUCGACGCUCAAGGACGCGGGGGAGGACCGCCGGGUGCU